AUGUCAACUCAUUCUGAGCAGAUCACUACUGUCACGCCCGAAAAUGAUGGUCCUUCUUUCCCUGCCUUCCUUGCUAAACCGAAGGAAGGUAGUGGGCCAGGUUUAAUUCUCCUUACCGAAAAUCUUGAUAUCAGUCAGGAGAUCGAACGGGAAGCUAUUCUAUUCAGCCAGGAAGGAUACGUUGUAUUAGUUCCAGAUUUGUCGACAAUUUCGUUAGACGGUCAGGACGGGAAUAUGUAUACUAGUGGAAUUAUAAAUCAUCUCGCAAAUCUGCCAGAAAAGAUUGGAAAAAUUGGAAUUAUUGGUCGUGGACGUGGAGCAUCAGUGGCCAUCAAAUUGGCUGCGAGCGCGUCUAGUACCACGCAAGCGGCAGUUUCUUGUGGUGUCGCAUAUUACCCGACCAAUCUAAAGGAGGAGAUAUUGGAGUUGGCAAAGAUUAAGGGUCCUUUUAUGGUUCACCUUGCCGAUGGCUGUGAUGAGAGCAUCAAGGAGGAGCUAAAAAAUUCAACCUCUCAAAAUAAUCUCAUAAGUAUUUUCGAGUAUCCAGGUGUGGAUUAUGGAUUCGCGUCUCCAAACGUCCAAGCGCCUCCAGAAGUUCAGACUGCGGUCAACACCGCGUAUACCAGGUCUUUGAGACUCUUAAAGAAGAUAAUGGGACCUUAUUAUGAUCUGUCCGCUCUAUGGGAUAAGCACAUCGAAUAUGAGUUUUUAGCGAAGGAUACGCAAAAAACGGUGGAAACCAUGGUCGAAGACGCAUACGUCAAUCACAUCCCAACCAUGACCGGCGGCGUCGGGCGUGAACAUCUUGAACAAUUCUAUCAUAAUCAUUUUAUUCAUUCCAAUCCAACUGACACACGAAUGAUUCCAAUCUCACGAACGAUUGGUAUUGACCGCGUGGUUGAUGAAAUGGUAGUCUGUUUUACCCACACCCAGGAAGUUGAUUGGAUUCUUCCAGGUAUUCCACCAACUAACAAGUACGUUCAAAUACCGCUCGUGGUAAUUAUCCAUUUUCGUGGAGAUAAACUGUGCAGCGAACACAUUUACUGGGACCAGGCAUCAGUUCUUGUGCAAAUUGGACUUUUGAAUAAAGAAGGACUCCCAGUGACAGGAGGAGAACAGGCUGAAAACUUGUUAAGCAAAAAUUUGAAGAAUAAUGAAUUGUUGAAAAAAUUUAAAAAGACUGAAUAA